AUGCAGUUGAUGGAGAUGGGGGUCAAAAAGCGAAGUGAAUGCGCCGAGCACACGUCUCCACUUUUCCGCCUUCUGCCGGCCGAACUGCGCAAUCAAAUCUACCGAUAUGCAUUACUGGAGCCGGAGCAUAUCAAGAUCACCAAGCACAGCAGAGUACUACAACCUGGCAUCUUACAAACAAGCAAAUUGUGUCGGAAGGAAGCUGGAGAUAUCUACUACCAGGAGAAUGUGUUUGCGUUCGGCAUCUCGCACUUCGACGCCGCACUCUAUAUAGGCUGGUGCAAGUCUUCGCCACAACGACGAUGGUGUAAGACGAAUGCCUUUGUUUCACGAUCACAGAACUGGGCGAAUCUUCUCAUUUGGCUCAAGGCGUAUUGGAACAAGGAGUGUGGCGGGAUUGUGGGAAGUGAAGAGGGCAAGUUCAAUGCGGAUGCCAAGGCUGCAACUCAUUUAUUCUCGAUGACGAAGAAGAUGAGGGAGCAUGGACAGCUGACGUGGGAGGAUGCGCAGGGUUUGUUGGAGGACGCUCACAACGCACUGGCAGAGAUCAAACCUAGGUGGGCGUGGAGGUCUGGCAGUGCGGAUAUGGUGGCGAAUCUGGCGUGA